AACCCCAAGUCCCAAUCCUCUUAUCUUUCACUUGUUCGAACAUCAGCGAAACCAUAAACACAGAGUAAUGAAUUCCUUCUUAAGCUCUUUUCUGCUGGCAGUUGUGCUUGGAACUACUUCCCUCUCCGCCGCUGUUCUCCCGGAAUCGGAUGGAUCUUUCAAAGCCGAACUGAUGAACACCAAAGACAAGGGCAACAACAAGGGUGGUGCUGGAGGAGUGGGCAGUUUCUUCGGACCCGCAGGAAGCGGUUUUGGGAUUCCAGGGUUGGGCAACGGUGGAAUCAGCGGCGGCUAUGGUUCCGGUUACGGAGGUCCUGGUGGGGGUUACUCUAAAGGCGGCGUUAUACGCCCAACAGUGGUGUGCAAGGAGCGGGGCCCUUGUUACAAGAAAAAGGUGACUUGUCCGGCCAAGUGCUUUACCUCCUACAGCCGCUCUGGUAGGAACUACGGCGCCGGUGGUGGCGGUGGCCGAUGCACCAUCGACUGCAAGAAGAAGUGUAUUGCUUACUGUUAAACAAGGAUCAACUUACUUGUGCUAACCGGAACGGCGGCUAUCCAGUUGCCGGUAAAGCAAAUGGGAGUACCUUUUGAUUUCUUGUUUUCUAGACUAAAGAGUUUAGUAGUAGUGUU